UGCCCUGGAAAUGGAAUCUGAAGGCUUCGGCGAGCUUCUGCAGCAAGCAGAGCAGCUUGCAGCAGAGACUGAGGGCAUUGCCGAGCUCCCUCACGUGGAACGUAACCUCCAGGAGAUCCAGCAGGCAGGGGAGCGUCUGCGCUCUCGGACUCUCACCCGCACCUCCCAGGAGACUGCAGAUGUCAAGGCAUCGGUUCUUCUCGGAUCCAGAGGGCUUGACAUAUCCCACAUCUCUCAGCGGCUAGAGAGUCUCAGUGCUGUCACAACCUUCGAGCCUCUGGAGCCUGUGAAAGACACAGAUAUACAGGGGUUCCUCAAAAAUGAAAAAGAUAAUGCUUUGCUGUCUGCCAUUGAAGAGUCCAGGAAACGGACCUUUGCCAUGGCUGAGGAGUAUCAUCGGGAAUCGAUGCUGGUCGAGUGGGAACAGGUGAAACAACGGAUCCUUCAUACGCUGCUGGCUUCGGGAGAAGAUGCCCUGGAUUUUACGCAGGAAAAUGAGCCCAGUUAUGUCAGUGAGUUGGGGCCACCUGGCCGCAGUUCUUUAGACAACAUUGAAAUGGGGUACGCCCGACAAAUUUAUGUCUAUAAUGAGAAGAUUGUGAACGGAUAUCUGCAGCCCAACUUGGUGGACCUUUGCGCUGCUGUGGCAGAACUGGAUGAUAAGAACAUUUCUGACUUGUGGGUUAUGGUGAAGCAAAUGACCGACGUCCUGCUGGUUCCUGCCAGCGAUGCGCUGAAAGUCCGGACGAGCAUGGAAGUGCAGAUGGAGUUUGUACAACAGGCUCUACGCUACCUCGAGCAAAGUUACAAGAACUAUACCUUGGUGACAGUCUUUGGAAAUCUGCACCAAGCUCAGCUGGGAGGAGUGCCCGGAACCUACCAGUUAGUCCGCAGUUUCCUGAACAUCAAACUCCCGGUGUCUGUCCCAGGACUCCAGGACGGAGAGGUGGAAGGCCAUCCGGUCUGGGCACUCAUAUACUACUGCAUGCGAUGCGGGGACUUAAUGGCAGCCUUACAGGUGGUGAAUCGCGCCCAGCAUCAGCUGGGAGAGUUCAAAACCUGGUUUCAGGAGUACAUGCACAGCAAAGACAAAAGGUUGCCCCCCUCCACCGAGAACAAGGUUCGCCUCCAUUACAGACGAGCCUUGAGAAACAACACCGACCCUUACAAAAGGGCUGUUUACUGCAUCAUAGGCCGGUGCGAUAUUGCUGACAAUCAUGGUGAAGUCGCGGACAAAACAGAGGAUUAUCUUUGGCUAAAGCUGAACCAGGUGUGUUUUGAUGCUGAUGGCACCAGUUCACCGCAGGACAGGCUGACUUUGUCUCAGUUCCAGAAGCAACUGCUUGAAGACUAUGGCGAGUCGCACUUUGCAGUGAACCAGCAGCCGUUCCUCUACUUCCAAGUGUUGUUCCUGACGGCCCAGUUCGAAGCCGCCAUCGCUUUCCUCUUCCGCACCGAGCGUUUGCGUUGUCACGCCAUUCACGUUGCCUUGGUCCUGUUUGAGCUCAAGCUGCUCCUGAAGUCUUCUGGGCAGAGUGCACAGCUUUUGAGCCACGAAGCAGGCGACCCUCCUGGCAUCAGGCGCCUGAAUUUUGUUCGCCUUCUGAUGCUUUACACCCGCAAGUUUGAGUCCACCGAUCCUAGAGAAGCCCUGCAGUACUUCUAUUUUCUCAGGAAUGAGAAAGACAGCCAGGGGGAGAACAUGUUCUUGCGCUGCGUCAGCGAGCUAGUGAUCGAGAGCCGAGAGUUUGAUAUGAUUCUUGGGAAACUGGAAAACAAUGGCAGUAGAAAACCUGGAGUGAUUGACAAGUUUACCAGAGACACCAAACCUAUUAUUAAUAAAGUUGCUUCAGUGGCAGAAAGCAAAGGGCUUUUUGAAGAAGCCACCAAACUUUAUGACCUUGCCAAGAACCCAGACAAAGUGCUGGAGCUGAUGAACAAGCUGCUGAGCCCGGUGGUCCCCCAGGUCACGGCCCCCCAAUCUAACAAGGAGAGGCUGAGGAACAUGGCUCUUUCCAUCGCUGAGAGAUAUAAAGCUCAGGGAAUAAGUGCCAAGAAGCCCGUCAACUCUACAUUCUACCUUCUUUUAGACCUGAUCACUUUUUUUGAUGACUAUCACGCCGGUCACAUUGACAAGGCCUUUGAUAUCAUUGAACGGCUGAAGCUGGUCCCCCUGAGUCAAGACUAUGUGGAAGAAAGAGUAGCCGCCUUCAGGAACUUCAGCGACGAGAUCAGACACAACUUGUCAGAGGUUCUCCUUGCCACCAUGAACAUUUUGUUUACCCAGUACAAGAGGCUGAAAGGUACCAGCCCAGCCACUCCCGCCAGGCCUCAGCGGGUCAUUGAGGACCGAGAUUCGCAACUCCGGUCUCAAGCUCGUGCAUUGAUCACUUUUGCUGGGAUGAUCCCCUACAGAACAUCAGGGGAUACAAACGCAAGAUUGGUUCAGAUGGAGGUCCUCAUGAAUUAGUUGUUUUAAGACUCCUGCUGCUUGCUGCUUCAUGAGCUCCGUGGACGGGCCCAGUUUGAAUUUUUUUUUGUUUGGUAUUAUGUAUUUUUGUCAACCACAAUAAAUUUCUUUGGUUUA